AUGUUUGGGAAGCUGCAACUACUCUUUUCGGGAUCACGGCACAAUGGAAAGGGACUGUAUUUUUUUCUUGUUCUUCUUUGGCUUCUUUGGGACCCGACUUUGGUUGUUUUUGUGUUUUCAUUCUUUAUUCAUACGCGUGCUCAUGUCUCGCCCGACGAUGCCCUCGUCGGCCUUCAUCUUUUUUUGUUUACAUGGAAAGGGGGCAGAAUCUCUCGCGAGAGGGUACUGUUCAUUGUUUUUGUUUUUUCCAAGGCUUUGCCCGCAGGUGGGAACUUUUCUCAUUUGGUUGGUUCUGGUCUACACGGUUCCCGUCUCAGGGGGGGAGGAGGAGCAUUUCCUUGGCGAAGGAGAACGCCAACAGCAGCAGCAGGCCGCAGCAUGUAG